AUGGAAAUAGAUUUGCUUCUCAUUCUUAAAGAUCGAGACGGAGAACCCCAUUGUCAGAAGCCAGUAACAUUUUUGGAUGAGACGACAAUCAAAGAGUUGAGCCUGGCGAUAAAUUCCUUUUGGUCUAUUCAUCAAGAUUAUCAAGAAUUGUUUCAUAACGGGAAGCAAAUUAUAUCGCUAAAGUCUACAUUAAAAGAAACUGGUGUGAAGGACAACGACGAGAUUGUGAUCAAGCAUUCACAGCUCGACAUAUGGAACGCAUAUGCCAAUCGCGUUGAAGUAUUCAAGAAUGCACAGAUAAACGAGAUUAGAAAAGAUUCUGCUGAGAAUGCUCAACGAUUUUAUGACCUGCUUCUUGGAUCUUCAUUUUUCACUGUUUACCCCAACUUCGAUAUCGCAGUCACUAAGCUCCACAAACCAAUCAUCAAAUACUUGGAUAAGCACACCCGUUGGAUACAGAAUGCUGCAAAAAACUUCUUCGCAUUGUCAAUGUUCAAAGGACAGAAUCCAGAAAUUGAAUUCGAAGAAACAAACGAUGGAUCGCGUUCAGCAGUGAUUUGCAAGGUCACAGUCAAUUCGAUUACCCACAAAUAUCGAAUUAAGACCAAUCACAACGCCGGAGAAAGUGGCCAAGCCAUCCGUUGGAACCGAGAUCUGAUUGAGCUUUAUUGUUAUAAGUUUCUCGAAUCAAUUGGAUUGGGUCCUAAAGUUGUUUUUAUUCCGAAUAUUGUUGCAUCCAAAUCAAUAUUGUAUAUUGGAAGUGAGUGGUUGGGACAUUUUCGAUCAUUCAACUCAACUGAACAAGUUAACACGACUGAAGUCACGCGUACUGUUGUUCAAAUCCAUUUCUUGGCCGUAUUCCUGUCAUUUGGCGACAUGCACGAAGAAAAUUUCGGAAUGAGUGCAAAUUCAGAUCCAAUAAUAUUGGAUUUUAUGAUGUCCAAUUAUCGAGACCCACAGCACAAAUUCUUACACGAAAACAAAAUUAUUAAUUCAAUGCGAGCUCGAGAUAUAUUAGAAAAUUGUGAUUCUACUGUUAGACUUCAAAUCGCUAAAGAUGCUAUUCAGAAUUGGAAUCUUAUGGAAAAGUUGUCGGAGGUUCUAGAAUUAAUGAACAAAGAGAAAGAGAAUUUCGGUAGAGACAAGUUGGACUUUGAAAAGCAGAUACGGGAUUUGAAGGAGUAUGUCGAAAGAGUGAGAUCAAAUAUUCAGAAUCUGUAUCAUUCUACAAUGUAG